CGAAUAAAAAGCGAUUGAUUGCGAGAGUAGAGAGAGGCGGAGAGAUCUUUCCACUGAUUGCGCCAUCGAUUCCGCAUUCUUCCCGCCGCGUUCCUUCGGUAGCGUUUCGGCCGGCACGUAAUGGCGUCUCGGCCGGCACCCUUGCCGCUGCUGCUGAUACUGCUCCUGGCGACGUCGCUCCGGCCGCCAGCCGCCGCCUCCGAGCACGACUACGCCGACGCGCUCCGGAAGAGCAUCCUCUUCUUCGAGGGCCAGCGCUCCGGCAAACUCCCCCCCGACCAGCGCCUCACCUGGCGCUGCGACUCCGCCCUCCACGACGGCGCCGCCGACGGGGUCGACUUAACCGGCGGGUACUACGACGCGGGGGACAACGUCAAGUUCGGCUUCCCGAUGGCCUUCACGGCGACGCUGAUGGCUUGGAGCAUAAUAGACUUCGGGAGGAACAUGGGCCCCCAGUUGACGGAAGCCGUCAAGGCCGUUAGGUGGGCGACGGACUACCUCCUGAAGGCGACGGCCGUCCCCAACGUCGUCUACGUCCAGGUGGGCGACGCCUUCCACGACCACUCGUGCUGGGAGCGGCCCGAGGACAUGGACACCCCCCGGACCGUCUACAAGGUCGACCCGGCCCACCCCGGCUCCGACGUCGCCGGCGAGACCGCCGCCGCCCUCGCCGCCGCCUCCAUCGUCUUCCGCGACUGCGACCCAGCCUACUCCCGCCGCCUCCUCGACCGCGCCGUCUCCGUGUUCGAGUUCGCGGACACGCACAGGGGAGCGUACAGUAGUAGCCUGCACCACGCGGUGUGCCCCUUCUACUGCGACUUCGAUGGAUACCAAGAUGAGCUGCUGUGGGGAGCGGCGUGGCUCCAUAAGGCGUCUCGCCGGCGGGAGUACCGAGAGUACAUCGCGAAGAACGAGGUGGUGCUGCACGCCGGGGACACCAUUAACGAGUUCGGCUGGGAUAACAAGCACGCCGGUAUUAAUGUCCUAAUCUCCAAGGAAGUUUUGAUGGGAAAGGACGAUUACUUGCGGUCUUUUAAGCGAAACGCUGAUGCCUUUGUCUGCUCCCUCCUCCCGGGAAUCUCCCGCCACCCUCAGAUCCAAUAUUCUCCAGGCGGGCUGCUGUUCAAGACUGGAGGGAGCAACAUGCAGCACGUGACCUCGCUCUCCUUCCUUCUCCUGGCGUAUUCCAACUAUCUCAGCCAUGCCAAUGGCCGCGUGCCAUGUGGCUCCUCGACUGCCACGCCAGCCCAGCUCAAACGAGUGGCCAAGCGGCAGGUGGAUUAUAUACUGGGGGAUAAUCCGCUGGGGAUAUCGUACAUGGUGGGGUACGGGGGGAGGUAUCCGCGGCGGAUCCACCACCGUGGGAGCUCGCUGCCGUCGGUGAGGGCCCACCGGAGCAAGAUCGGGUGCAAGGAGGGGACGAAGUACUACCUGAGCUCGGCCCCGAACCCGAACGUCCUGGUGGGGGCGGUGGUCGGCGGCCCCACCAACAUCUCCGACGCCUUCCCGGACGCCCGCCCGGUCUUCCAGCAGUCCGAGCCCACUACCUAUAUCAACGCCCCCCUCCUCGGCCUCCUCGCCUACUUCUCCGCCCACCCCACCAUCCUCUCCAAUGACUAAGCUUGCCUUACUAGUGAUGGCAAUACUGUGUACUGUGACCAUCUGGGUGUUAUUAUUCCAGCUUUCUUUUUUACUAAGGUGAUUUAUUUAUUGAACCAUAAAUGGAUGACUUCAUUUAUGAUUUUUUUUCUUUUUUGA